CGACUGCGCUGCAUGUCCGUAAUUCAUAAUAAUAAUUCAUAACUCAUUAUUUACUUAACUUCAUACUUUAGUUAAACUGUGCGCCGGUUAUUUAAUAUAAUCUAGAUAUUUCUCAUUUUACAUAAAGGCUUCCUUAAAUAAUCUCAUAAAAAUAAAACCAAUAAAUAUGGACUUUAAACAGAUGUAAAAAAAAUAAUGAAUUGAUUAUUAAACUGAUAAGAUAAUUGAUAAUCACUAGUAUAAAUAUAUGUAUAUAAAAAUCCGUAGUCAAUAAUGAGUUUACAGUAAAUUCGAAAGAUUUAAUUUUACCGGAGUCGAUAAUUUAAAAAAUUAAAAAUGAUAAUUAAAAUAUCAAUAAUUAUAAAUUUCGCGGUACUGUGCACUGCUGAUUAUUACACUAUAAAUAAUUUUGAUUUGUUAUCCAAAAAUAAUGAAAUUUGUGAAUCCUGUGAAAAUUCACCUUUCAAACCCACAUGGGACAGUUUGGACAACCGCAAGUUACCUCAGUGGUACGACGACGCUAAAUUUGGAAUUUUUAUCCACUGGGGUGUAUUUAGCGUUCCCAGUUUUGGCUCAGAAUGGUUUUGGAAAAAUUGGAAAGAUGAAAAUGGUACCGGUAAAAUAAGUGAUUUUAUGCGACAACGGUACCCGCCAAAUUAUUCAUACCAAGAUUUCGCACGUGAUUUUACUGCUGAUUUUUUCAAUGCAACCCAAUGGGCUGAAUUAUUUGAAUCAGCGGGUGCUAAGUAUGUGGUGUUGACAAGUAAACAUCAUGAAGGAUUUACUCUGUGGCCUUCCAAGUACUCGUUCAGCUGGAAUGCAAAAGAUGUUGGGCCCCACAGAGAUUUAAUCGGUGAACUGGCGACCGCAAUAAGAAACACUAAAAUAAAAUUCGGUUUGUACCAUUCAUUGUACGAGUGGUUCAAUCCCCUGUGGGAGUCUGACAAGAGAUCAAACUUUUCCACUAGUGAAUUUGUGAAUUAUAAAAUAAUUCCUGAGAUGCUGGAACUUGUCAAUGCUUAUCAUCCAGAGGUUCUUUGGUCUGACGGCGAAUGGGAAGCUCCGGAUACCUACUGGAAGUCCAAAGAAUUUUUAGCUUGGCUGUUUAAUGACAGUCCAGUUAAAGAUACGGUAGUUGUUAAUGAUCGCUGGGGUCACGAGACACUUUGUCAUCAUGGAGAUUUUUAUACCUGUCAAGACAGAUACAAUCCAGGAGUUUUGCAAAAGCACAAGUGGGAAAAUGCGAUGACAAUCGACAAAAAGUCCUGGGGUUAUCGUCGCAAUGCUGAUCUAAGUCAGUAUCUGACAACAGCUGAAUUAAUUAAAGAGCUAGUAAUUACCGUCAGUUGCGGAGGUAAUUUAUUAAUGAACGUCGGGCCAACUAAAGACGGAAUUAUUCCCCCAAUUUAUGAAGAACGUCUUCGAGAUAUAGGCCAAUGGUUGAAAAUAAAUGGCGAAGCGAUUUAUUAUACUCGACCUUUUGACUUUCAAAACGAUACCAUAAGUAAAGAUGUUUGGUACACGCAGAGAAAUUCUAACACAAGAACAAUCUACGCAACUGUUUUGACUUGGCCUUCAAAUGAUUCGUUGUCUCUGGCGGUUCAUUCUGCAUCAAACGUCACUAUUCUGGGUUACGAGGGACCUCUAAAGUGGGAACUUUCUAAAGGUGGUUUGAAAAUUUCUAUGCCGCCGGCAGCUCACAGAGGCCAGCCAGCUUGGGUACUAAAAAUCAUAUCAUAAAUCGUGAUUAGAUAAAUGUAUGAAUUUAUUUUUUUAUAUUUAUAUACGGUAAUUAUUAACAAAGUUAAUAAAAAGUAAACUAUGUAAUCAGUCAUAGCGAAAUUUACCCUGAUUCUACCAUUAACACCGUAAGUAUUUUUUAUUUAUAGUAAUAAAAUAAAAAACAAAAAAAUUUUUUAUUAAAGACGCGAGACUUCGUAGAGAUAAGAUCCCAACAGCUUGGUCUGUAAAUAUAUUAAUUAAAUUAAUUAAUUAACUAAUUAAUAAAUUGGUUAUUUAGAACUCAUGUAAAUUAAUUAGACAACUUACCCCUUCGAUGUAAUUACGAAUAUUGAGCUUUUCGUUUUGCGAAUGAGCGCCGUCAUCGCCACAGCCAACUGGCAGAAGUAAUACAUUUUUACCAGUAACUUCCUGGAAUGUCAAAGUCACGGGUAUCGAUCCUCCUUCUCUAGAUAAAUCAGGAUCGACUCCAUAAACGUAUUUGGUGGCAGUACGAGCAGCGACGUAGUGCGGGUGGUCAGGAUUCUCUGUCCAGGGUUUACCCCCAUGACCAAGAUAUACUUUCAUAACAUUGGGGCUGCCUCUAGUUGACCAAAUUCGCUCCAUAUGAGCCUUCACCUUAGGCUCGACUUCUUCAGGAGUCAUACUAGGCACGAUCCUCAAAGAAAAUUUACCAAUAACUUUUCUUGGUAUCACCGUCUUGGCCCCAGGUUCGCUGAACGCGCCCUCGAUUCCGUGGAUUGAGAGCGUUGGGUACCGCCAGCGGUGCAUCAGCAAUUUUAUCUGAAUAAAAAUUCACACCCAGUCAUAAUUAAGAACCAAAAAAAAUAAAAAAAUCUGUACCUUGUCUUCAUCAUGAGCGAGUUUGCUGGUCCCGACAGUAGCUCGGAACUCGUCAACAUCAAACUCAAUAUCCUGAUAGCUCUUGAGCUCAGCGUCAGUGAUCUUAUCAACUUUGUCAUAAAUUCCAUCGAUAAGAAUGCGCCCGUUGACAUCAACCAGAGAAUUUAACAGGUAAAUCAAAUCAGCCAUCGCUUCAUGGACAGUUCCCCCGAAUGUUCCACUGUGCAAAUCACUUUUAGCGCAACUCACUUCGACAUUAAAGUAAGCGAGUCCACGUAACCCGUAAGUGAUACAAGGCUUCGUAGUACCAAGCCAGUAAUUAUCAGAAAUACAAACGUAGUCAAUGUCGCUGAGAAAUGAGUCUUUACGUGACCAUAAAAAUUCAUCAAGACCUUCGCUGCCAUUUUCUUCCAUUCCUUCAAAGACGAACUAGAAAAAAUCAUCACUUAUUUUAUCACCACCGUGACUUUCAUUGAAUGAAUGAAUGAAUAAAUAAAUAUUUAAAUACCUUUAUAUUAACAGGAAUAUCUUCUCCGAUAGCUUUGAAUCCCUGGAGAGCAUGCAGCCAACACAGAACCGGGCCCUUGUCAUCAGUGCUACCACGUCCGAAUAACUUGUCAUCUUUUUCCACCAAAGUAAAGGGCUCGGUGUCCCAGCCGUCUUCAAUCAACGCAGGCUGGACAUCCAGAUGUCCAUAAAUCAGGACAGUUUUCUUACCACGAUCAUUACCAAGACUGCCGACUAAUAUCGGGGGUAAUGGAAUUUCUCUGCCAUCAGCCAGCUUCUCCUUUCCAAUAUCAGCCAACUCAGUACUUGCUCCCAGUGCUUUCAUCUUUUUUUCCAUCCACUCCAUCAUCUUGACCACUUCGCCCCGUGCAUCCGGCCAUGAUGACACGGAUUUUAUUGCGACCGCUUCUCUUAGUGUUUCAAUAUAUUCUUUUUUGUGCUCGUCAACAUAU